AUGUCGCUGCUCGCCGUCGUCACCAGCCGCGCCGCGCCCGUGCGCCCGCUCCGCGCCUCGGCGGCCUCGGGAGAGGCGGCGGCGGCCGCCGCGGACCAGCCGGGGGAGCGGAGGCCGGUCAAGAUAAUACUGCCCAAGAAGAAGCCGCAGAAGUGGUCCACGGGGAUGGAGCCGGGGUCGUACGGCGGCGGCCCGACCACCAUCAAGCCGCGCAAGUACUGGAUGGGGAAGGAGGACCGCGACCCCAUUGGCAACACCGACGACUUCAUCUGGAACAAGAACUUCCUCCCCCACAUGGAGCGCGUCAUCGCCAACGGCGGUACGGACACGCCCGCCACCAUCCCCCGCGUCACGCCGGUAAGCGCGGACGAGGACUCAGGGUUUCUAAGCUUCAACCGCGCAAUGGACCUUGACAGUGUGGAUGUUGAUCUGAGCAAGGAGCUUAUGGCACCGGCCAAGUCAAUCUUGCAGACGCAGCUCAAGGCUGCCCGCCGUGGUCGAUCCACUAGCGUUGAGGCUGUCAAUAGACCCACCUACAUUAGAUGGAAGCUAGCUCCGACUCGACGGGAGCAGGAGCAAUGGGACCGAGCGACCAGGGCAACCACCGGUGGCAUUGAUGUCAUACUAAGGGAGUCGCAGCAGAAAGUGCAGCUGAAAGGGGACCCUAAGGUGGUGGCAGCUGAGGCCAGAGAGCAAUACCUGAAGUUGAAAGAAAGGUUGCAGCUGCUUACUUUAGGUAUUGGUGGCGUCGGGGUGGUUUCUGCUUAUGUUUCAUACACUCCUGAAAUUGCUGCGAGCUUUAGUGCAGGGCUGAUUGGAUCUCUGGUGUAUCUCCGCAUGCUUGGAACCAGUGUGGAUUCUUUAGCGGGUGGAACUAAAGCAGCUGCCAAGGGCGCUGCGGCACAGCCAAGAUUGCUUAUUCCAAUGGUUCUUGUGAUGAUGUACAAUCGAUGGAAUGCGAUACUGGUUCCAGAGUACGGCUUCAUGCACCUGGAGUUGAUACCCAUGCUCGUUGGGUUCUUUACCUACAAGAUUGCUAUGUUUACUCAAGCGAUUCAGGAAUCAGUACCUGAUGCUGGAAACCGCGAAGUUUGA